UUAACUUAUGCAGGUGUGUGCCAACUUGAUGGUGCGAGUGAAUUAAGAGAUCAGCCGAAUGUAAAGCAAUCUCUCAUUGCAUCUUAUAACACUUUGUUAGCUCCGAAGGUGAAAGCUGCAUGCAUGGAGACUGGUAGUAUUUCAGCAAAAGAGAACGGUUUCAUUGGAAGCCAUUCUUUCAAAGAACAUAGAAGCAGCGACAGAAUUAGCAUUUCGUCUUGGUUCAACCAAUUCAGCAUUCUUCUUCAAAGAAGCCUCAAAGAACGAAAGCAUGAGUCUUUCAACACUUUGAGAAUCUCCCAAGUAAUCAUGGCUGCAGUUUUAGCUGGUCUAAUAUGGUGGCACUCGGAUUUUCGAGAUAUUCAAGAUCGUCUGGGUCUCCUCUUCUUCAUGUCAAUUUUUUGGGGGGUCUUCCCAUCUUCUAACUCGGUGUUUGUUUUUCCUCAAGAAAGAGCAAUCUUUGUGAAGGAAAGGGCCUCCGGUAUGUACACUCUCUCUUCAUAUUUCAUGUCUCGAAUAGUCGGAGACUUGCCGAUGGAGCUCAUCCUCCCCACAAUUUUUCUUUCUGUGACGUAUUGGAUGGCCGGAUUGAAACCCGAACUGGGUGCUUUCCUUUUGACUCUGCUGGUUCUACUCGGCUACGUGCUCGUCUCUCAGGGCCUUGGCCUUGCUUUAGGUGCAGCAAUAAUGGAUGCUAAACAAGCUUCAACUAUAGUUACAAUCACAAUGCUAGCAUUUGUGCUAACAGGAGGAUUUUACGUGCAUAAACUGCCACCAUGCAUGGCUUGGAUCAAGUACAUUUCUACAACAUUCUACGUCUACAAGCUACUUAUCAAUGCUCAAUAUGGUGGAGGCAAGAAUCUUUCAUCCUUGCUGGGUUGCUCGCUACCUCAUGGAAGUGAUAAAGCAAGCUGUAAGUUCGUCGAACAAGAUGUCGCAGGGCAAAUUAGCCCAGCAAUUAGUGUUAGUGCCUUGAUAUUCAUGUUCGUGGGGUAUAGGUUAUUGGCUUACCUCGCAUUAAGGCGUAUAAAAGCUUAAUAAGUUGUAGUUUUCUCAAAGGUUCUUCUUAAUUACCUCAAUGGCUCUAACUGUAAUUCUCCCAAAUAUAUAUAUCGAUGAUUUUGAUUUC